AUGGUGUUGGAUGCUCGUUUGCCUAAUACCCUCAACUUCCAAGAUCGGGAAAUUUACAAGACAGGCUUUUCUGGCCUCGACUGUAUGAGAAGAGAUGGCAAACUAUGUGACAUUACUUUGAUUGCUGAUGGCGAUAGAUUCACUGCUCACAAAGUCGUUUUAGCAGCUACUAUUCCGUUUUUCAAUGGAAUGUUUCUAAGCAAUAUGUCAGAAUCUGUUAAGAGUGAGGUAUCCAUUCAUGGGAUAGAUGCAUGUGCUUUAGAAGCAUUUAUUAGUUAUGCUUACACUGGUGUGGUGCAAAUCACACCACGUAAUGUUCAGUCUAUCUUGAUUGGGGCUAAUUUUCUGCAACUUAAUAGUGUCCGAAAUAUAUGUUGCCGGUAUAUCAGUGAAAGGUUGACUGUUGACAUAGUCCUGCCAAUGAGAAGUCUAGCUCAAAGUUUUCUAUGCACAGAUCUAGUAUCUUCCUGUGAAGCAUAUAUUUAUAAAAACUUCGAAGCUGUAGCCCGAACAAGUUCAUUUUUCAACCUUGAUGGAUCUGAAUUACUGGAAUUAUUGGACUCAGAUGAACUACGUGUCAGCAGUGAAGAACGACUUUUUCAUAUUGUUAUGUCAUGGGUUGAAUACGACAUGAUGAAACCUAAAUUCAGUGUUGAUACAAAUUCUGUUACAUCAGAAUCUGUUAACUUGAUCGAAUUCUCUGAUAGUCGUAAUGCUAAUCUAAACUCAAAAAGACCAUUUAGCGCUAAUGGCAAUGAUUUUCGAACAUCAUACUCCAGUGGAUCUUCACCUUCUUUACAUCACUCACUGGAUCUCAAUACUUCUCAGGUAUUCAGUAAUAAGCCCAAAAUACCUCGCACUGAAUUUCUUCCGUGUUUAUUGAGACGCAUCAGAUUACCACUUAUUCCAGUCAGUUUUAUUUUCUCUGUUAUUUCUCGACAUGAACUUAUUCGUCAAGAUAUACGUUGUAGAGAUAUUUUAGACGAAGUACGUGAUAUGCUUCUAAUGCCAGGACAGACACCGAAAAACUUUAUUUGUCGACCACGAAGAUGUCAAGAUGUAUUCGGUGUUAUUUAUGCUGUUGGCGGGUUAACUGCAGAUUUAGAAUGUCAUGGAGUUGUUGAAACAUAUCAUCCUUCAUUUGGUCGUUGGGAAUUAUCAGAGAGUAUGAUUUCAAAACGUAGUCGUAUUGGAGUUGUUGCAUUGAAUGGACUAUUGUAUGCUAUUGGAGGUUUUGAUGGAUCUUCAAGACUGAAUACAACAGAAGUGUAUGAUCCAAAAACUAAAAAGUGGAAAACCUUAGCACCAAUGAUUUGUCGACGUAGUGCUGCAGGAGCUGCUGCACUUGACGGACAUCUGUAUGUAUGCGGUGGUUAUAAUGGACAAACCUCGUUACGUACGUGUGAAAUGUAUAACCCAGAAAAAGAUAUGUGGCAGUUAAUAUCAAAUAUGAAUGAACCAAGAUCUGCUGGUGGUCUUGUUGCACUUGACGGUCGUCUUUACGCCAUUGGUGGACAUAAUGGGUUAGCAGUCUUCUCAACAGUUGAGUGUUACAACAAAAAUUUGAGUGUCCCUGUAAAACGUACACCGUCUUCUCGAUGUGGUACUACUACUACUGCUGUUGCGCAUACACCACCAACCAUUCAACAGAAUCAUAAUACUAGUUGGUAUUUUGUUGCUAGUAUGUUACACCGUCGAUGUAGACAUGGUGCAGCAGUGUUUCGUGAUCGUAUUAUUGUCGCUGGUGGGUAUGAUGGUUCUUCAUUUCUUCAGAGUGUUGAAAUGUUCGAUCCUACAACCGGUCCUGAUCACAAUGGUUUUUAUGGCCAAUGGACUGAAAUAUCUUACCUGUCAGUUCCUCGUUCACGUGUUGGACUAGCUGUAACCGCAGGUUGUCUAUAUGCUAUAGGUGGAUACGAUGGAACAAAACAACUACGCACAGUUGAAUGUUUUAAACCGCCCACGCAUCAAAAUGACUAUGAAUUACCAAGUGAAUACUCCCUUUCAAAGCAUGAUACAUUAUCUGAUAUGUUGUAUAAACCUGGGACUUCUACAACGACUGGUUUCGAUAACUACAACAGUGAGUGCACCCGCAUUCGUAGCGGUACCAAUAAUCAUAUUACUCCAGAAAUAGCUAAAUUUCUUUCUAGCGCUGCUGAUAAUUUAUCAUAUUCUAAUAAUUCUGAUAUCGAGUCGGUUUCUUCAUUUAAUUCAGCUGAUAGUAGCUCGACACUUGGGGAUGGAAGAUAUCAGGCGAAUAUCAUAUCGGAAAAAUCAAAAUAUAAGACAAAUAAGCCUAAACUAUCUAUCCCAUCCACUUCUGCUGUCACUACUGCUACUGCCGGUGGUACUACUACUUCCUCUUCGAAUCCUUUCGCUGAUUGGCAAUGGUCUUUUGCACCAUCGUUAAUUGCACAUGAAGGAUGGGUCGGUAUAUGUGUCCUACCGUUAGAUCAAUCGUCAUCGAUAAACAACUGA